AUGAAGCUAAGAGACAGACGGUUCUGCCAUGCCCUCGCGAUUGUGUCACUCUUCCUGGGACUUGGUAUGACAAGUCAAUCAGAUCCUUCGCCUUCGUUGCCCAGACCCCACCUAACAAAGGUGCAGGAGGCUCACAGACGGGUGAAGAGGGGCUGGGUGUGGAAUCAGUUCUUUGUGCUGGAGGAGUACACAGGCACAGACCCAUUAUAUGUGGGGAAGCUGCACUCUGAUGUUGAUCGGGGAGAUGGCUCCAUCAAGUAUGUGCUUUCAGGAGAAGGAGCAGGUUCCAUCUUCAUCAUCGACGAGAGCACGGGAGAUAUCCAUGCCACCAAACGACUGGAUCGUGAAGAACAAGCCUAUUACGCACUACGGGCACAGGCUGUUGACCGGCUGACUAACAAACCCGUUGAACCCUUAUCAGAGUUUAUCGUCAAGAUUCAAGACAUCAAUGAUAAUGAGCCACGGUUUCUGGAUGGACCAUAUUUAACCAGCAUCCCUGAAAUGUCUCCUGUCGGGACCUCAGUGAUACAGGUGACAGCCACUGAUGCCGAUGACCCCACCUACGGAAGCAGUGCCAGGGUGGUCUACAGUAUCCUGCAGGGACAGCCAUACUUCUCGGUGGAGCCAAAGACAGGAGUCGUUAGAACAGCUCUCCCCAACAUGGACAGAGAGGCCAAGGAUCGCUACCUGCUGGUUAUCCAGGCGAAAGAUAUGGUUGGACAGAUGGGAGGCUUAUCUGGAACAACAUCAAUCACUGUUACUCUCAGUGAUGUCAAUGACAACCCACCACGCUUCUCUCGUAGGUUUUAUCAAUACAACGUGCCUGAGUCUUUACCUGUGACUUCCACUGUCGCCAAAAUAAAAGCUCUUGAUGAUGACAUUGGCCCAAAUGCUGAGAUGGAAUAUAAAGUCAUUGAUGGUGAUGGAUACUCCGUCCUUCAGAUUGCCACUGACAGGGAGACUCAGGAAGGGAUCAUAACUCUUCAGAAGGAACUGGAUUUUGAAAAAAAGUCAAGUUACAGCCUGAAGAUUGAGGUCACCAAUACACAUGUCGACUCACAGUUUGAGGCACUGGGACCCUUCACUGACACGGCUACAGUGAAGCUCGUGGUUGAAGAUGUGGACGAGCCUCCUGAGUUCAGCUCACUGCUAUACAAGAUGUCGGUGUCUGAAGCAGCGAGGGUGGGCACGGCCAUUGGCACUGUCUCUGCUCAUGACCCAGACAAGUCAAACAAUCCAGUAAGGUAUUCCAUAGAUCGCAACACAGACUUGGAAAGAUACUUUAACAUUGAUGCUAACACAGGAGUUAUUACCAUUGCUAAAUCACUGGACAGGGAGACCAAUGAGGAACACAACAUUACAGUGCUGGCGAUGGAGAGUCAGAAUCCUGCACAAGUUGGAAGGGGAUCGGUUCACAUUAGCUUGGUGGAUGUCAAUGACAACGUCCCUGAGUUUCCAAUGGAAUACGAAACAUUUGUUUGUGAAAAUACCAACCAUGGCAAGGUAAUACAGAAGAUCAGUGCUGUGGACAAGGAUAAACCACCCAGUGGACAUCACUUCUAUUUCUCCCUUGCUCCUGGGGCUGGUAGUAACCUUAACUUCACGGUGCAAGAUAACAGAGAUAACACCGCCGUAAUCUUGACGAAGAGAGCUGACUUCAGCCGACAUGAGCAGGCUGUCUAUUUCCUGCCCAUUGUGAUUGUGGACAACGGUGUUCCAGCACUGAGCAGCACCAACACUCUUACUGUGCGAGUCUGCAGUUGCGACGAUGAAGGCGUGGCCCACUCAUGCAAUGCUGAGGCCUUUGCCCUUCCUGCUGGCCUCAGCACCGGAGCUCUCAUUGCUAUCUUGGCUUGUGUGCUGACUCUGCUGGUCCUCGUUCUGUUUAUUGUGACUCUCCGCCGACGUAAGAAGGAGUCGUUGGUAUUCGAUGAGGAGAAAGACAUCAGAGAGAAUAUCGUCCGCUACGAUGAUGAAGGCGGGGGUGAGGAGGACACUGAGGCUUUCGACAUGGCAGCUCUGAGGAACCUCAACUUCAUUCAGGAUGUGAAAACCCGACGAGACGUGACACCAGAGAUCCAACUGUUCUCAAAGCCACCCCACAAGAUGUCCCCCGAGAACAUCAUCUUUGGAGAGUUUAUCUGGGAGAGGAUGAAGAGUGCAGACACUGACCCCAGCGCCCCUCCUUAUGACUCGCUACAGACCUAUGCUUUUGAGGGGAACGGCUCGGUGGCAGAGUCACUGAGCUCCUUAGAGUCCAUUAGUUCAGCAUCAGACCAGAACUAUGAUUACCUCACUGACUGGGGACCCCGGUUCAAAAAGCUGGCGGACAUGUACGGCAGUCCGAAGGACAGUGCAAACUCUUAA